CGCCAUUUUGAAAAUCUUGUUGAUUCUGGGGAGCGGGGAGUGCGGCGCGAGCGCCAGGCCAGACAGCGUCCGCGCGCCCUCUCCUCCGCGCCCGCCGCCGCCGCCUGCCAGAGCGCCCCCGUGCCCACGCGCGCCCGGCCCGCGGCGGCCGCGACCCCUGGCCGCCAGCAUGUCGUCCCCGGGCCCUGCGGCGGCGGAGGGAGAGGGAACCCCCGAGCAGCCCGCGGCCGAGAAGGAGCCCGAAAUCCCCGGCCCGAAGGAGGAAAGCGAGGAGGAGGAGGAGGAGGAGGAAGACGACGACGAGGAGGACGAGGACGAGGAAGAGGAGAAAGAAAAGAGUCUCAUCGUGGAAGGCAAGAGGGAAAAGAAAAAAGUAGAGAGGUUGACAAUGCAAGUCUCUUCUUUACAAAGAGAGCCAUUUACAAUUGCACAAGGAAAGGGGCAGAAACUGUGUGAAAUUGAAAGGAUACAUUAUUUUCUGAGUAAGAAGAAAACAGAUGAACUUAGAAAUCUACAUAAACUACUUUACAACAGACCAGGCACAGUUUCCUCAUUGAAGAAGAAUGUGGGUCAAUUCAGUGGCUUUCCAUUUGAAAAAGGAAGUACCCAAUAUAAAAAGAAGGAAGAAAUGUUGAAAAAAUUUAGAAAUGCCAUGUUAAAAAGCAUCUGUGAGGUUCUUGAUUUGGAGAGAUCAGGUGUAAAUAGUGAACUGGUGAAGAGGAUCUUGAACUUCUUAAUGAAUCCAAAGCCUUCUGGCAAACCAUUGCCAAAAUCUAAAAAAACUUCUAGCAAAGGCAACAAAAAGGAAAGGAACAGUCCUGGAAUGGCAAGGAAAGCAAAGCGAACCAAAUGUCCUGAAAUUCUGUCAGAUGAAUCUAGCAGUGAUGAAGAUGAAAAGAAAAACAAAGAAGAGUCUUCAGAGGAUGAAGAUAAAGAAAGUGAAGAGGAGCCACCGAAAAAGACAUCUAAAAAAGAAAAACCUAAACAGAAAGCCACUUCUAAAAGUAAAAAAUCUGUAAAGAAUGCUAAUGUGAAAAAGGCAGAUAGCAGCACCACCAAGAAGAAUCAAAACAGUUCCAAAAAAGAAAGUGAAUCUGAGGAUAGUUCAGAUGAUGAACCUUUAAUUAAAAAACUGAAGAAACCUCCUACAGAUGAAGAGUUAAAGGAAACAGUAAAGAAAUUAUUGGCCAGUGCUAACUUGGAGGAAGUUACAAUGAAACAGAUUUGCAAAAAGGUAUAUGAAAAUUACCCUGCUUAUGAUUUAACUGAAAGAAAAAGUUUCAUAAAAACAACUGUUAAAGAGCUAAUUUCUUGAGAAAGAGGGCAGAGACAGAUGACUUGUUCCAUGGAUUUGAAGAUUUUGUUUAUACCAUUAUACCAGCAAAGAGAAUAUUUCCUUUUCUAAAUGCUUGCAAGCAUUGUGUUGGUAGAAUUUACUGACUUUUUUUUUUAUCUUGGGUGUUAACGUAAAUUUGCAUUUGCCAUUUUUUAAAUUGCAUUUCUAUGCAGUUUUUAGUUUAAAUUUUUGCAUGGCAGUAAUUGUUUCUUGCUUUUAUAGUUCCAUUUUGUACAUUUUGAAUUUCUUUAUAUAAGGUCAUAAAUUCUUGAACUGUUAUUAGUGCAGUUAAUAUUAGCUUAAGACAUUUUUAAUUGAGUAGGACAGAAACUAUUAUAACUGGCAUUUAUACAUGCAAAAACCAAUGCAGUAUUUAGAAUAUGACAUAUUUUGAAUACAACACAUGUCAGUGUAAAAACUCAAUGGCAGUGUGUUCAUCAUAUUAAGAAUGUACAAAUGUUAGCUGUCCAGAUGAGUAAAUUGGAACUUUUCUCCUGCAUGUAUAGAUAUGUCAAUUUGUCAGCAUGACAAAAGGGACAGAUGUUAUUUUUGUAUUUUC